AGGGGAAACUUUGGCAGUCGAGGUUACGAUGGAUUGGAAAACAACAAAAAUAUCCUGAACCGAAAGUUGCCCUCGGAAUAGCCUCAAAAUUUCCAUUUAAGUCAAUUUCCUAAUUUCUCGGUUAUUUUCAGUCUAACCUGCCAGUCUUCUUUCCACUCUCUCCACGGAAACCGCCACCUCGCGCAACGGAAACUCGAAUUUCAACGACCAGAGGACGAGAAAUUCCGUCUUAGAGAGCGAAAAAGUAAACAGUUAUAGAGAGAGAAAGAAAGAAGAAAUCGUGAAAUUCAAAUGAAAGGGAUGGCGAUCCCCGAAGCAGACCGCCAACGAGCCAGAGGGAGACCUCCGACGUCGUCUUCAACUCGACCGGCAGCUCGACCGCCGGUUCGAGCUAGAGUUCCACUCCGGCAGCUGCUUCGAGUCGCAUCCGUGGCGUGCGGGAUACAAUUCGGGUGGGCCUUGCAACUCUCUCUCUUGACACCUUACGUUCAGGAGCUAGGUAUACCUCACGCGUGGGCCAGCAUCAUAUGGCUAUGCGGGCCACUUUCGGGCCUCCUGGUACAGCCUUUGGUGGGCCACAUGAGCGACCGAUGCACCAGCCGGUUCGGUCGUCGUCGACCUUUUAUUGUGGCUGGUGCAGUUUCGAUUAUCACUGCCGUUUUGAUCAUCGGUCACUCCGCCGAUAUCGGAUGGUUGUUCGGCGACACAGGAAGCUACCGACCGAGAGCUAUCGCGGUGUUUGUUUUCGGGUUUUGGAUUCUUGAUGUUGCUAAUAAUAUGACACAAGGUCCUUGCAGAGCUCUUCUAGCUGAUCUUACUGGAAAGGAUCAUAGAAGAACUCGAGUAGCAAAUGCUUACUUCUCACUGUUUAUGGCUGUUGGCAAUGUUCUUGGCUUUGCAACAGGAUCGUACAGUGGUUGGUUUAAAAUUCUUGCAUUUACCAUGACAGCUGCCUGUGAUGUUGACUGUGCAAAUCUCAAGUCUGCCUUCUUUCUAGACAUUAUUUUUAUUGCAAUUACUACAUAUGUAAGCAUUUCAGCUGCGAAAGAAGUACCUCUAGGUUCAUUUGAUAGAUCUACACCCUUUCAUGAAGAGGGGCCUGAACAGUCAGGUCAAGCUGAAGAAGCUUUUCUAUGGGAAUUAUUUGGAACAUUUAGAUAUUUCACCGGGCCUAUAUGGAUAAUCUUGUCUGUUACUGCACUAAACUGGAUUGGAUGGUUCCCUUUUCUUCUCUUCGAUACUGAUUGGAUGGGUCGAGAGAUAUAUGGUGGCCAGCCAAAUGAAGGGAAUAAUUACAAUGCUGGGGUCAGAAUGGGUGCAUUUGGGCUGAUGUUAAAUUCAGUUGUUCUAGGAAUUACUUCAGUGCUUAUGGAGAAGCUUUGCCGCAAAUGGGGAGCUGGUUUUGUCUGGGGAGUUUCAAACAUUCUCAUGGCUCUCUGCAUUCUUUUAAUGCUCAUUUUAUCGUAUGUGGCAAACCAUAUGGAUUAUAUUGGCCAUGAUCUGCCCCCAAAUGUCAUUGUGAUUGCUGCACUAGUGAUUUUUUCCAUUCUUGGUGUUCCAUUGGCGAUUACGUAUAGUGUUCCAUAUGCCUUGAUAUCCACACGAAUAGAGUCUUUGGGACUUGGGCAGGGUUUAUCAAUGGGUGUCCUAAAUCUUGCCAUUGUGAUUCCACAGGUCGUGGUGUCUGUGGGAAGUGGACCAUGGGAUCAGCUAUUUGGUGGUGGAAACUCACCAGCUUUUGCCGUAGCAGCUGUUGCAGCCCUCACCAGUGGGCUGAUAGCAAUCUUGGCUAUCCCUCGCAGUAGUUCACAGAAGCCCAGGGCCCUCCCAUGAGGUAUUUUGUUGUACCUUAUUUUUUGUAUGCCACGAACAUGAAUAUUAAAUUGUUCAGAUAGCAAGAAUUUUGUAUAUAGCUAUUGUUACUUUAUUGAUCAAUAAAAUCAUUAUGAUCUGAGGUUUUGUUUGCCAACA